ACUAGCCACAUUUUAGCAGUGCAUGACCUCUAUCUUCUCAGAUUUAGUUGAGGAGAUGGUUGAGGAUGCUUUCAAAGUGUGAGGAGACAAACCUGGUGCUCAAUUGGGAAAAAUGUCACUUCAUGGCCAUAGAAGGCAUAAUGUUGGGGCACAAGAUCUCAGACAAAGGUAUAGAGGUUGAUAAGACAAAGAUUGAGGUUAUGGUGCAGCUGCAACCACCAAAAAGCGUCAAGGAUGUAAGAAGUUUUCUGGGUCAUGCGGGGUUCUACAGAAGGUUCAUCAAAGACUUCUCCAAACUGGCAAGACUAAUGACAAGGCUGCUUUCUCCAAUAGUCCAAGCUCCCAACUGGGAUUAUCCAUUCGAAAUCAUGUAUGAUGCUUCAGACUACGCAGUAGGAGCAGUCUUGGGACAGAAGAUCGAUAAGAAGCUUCAUGUCAUCUAUUAUGCAAGUAGAACAAUGGAUGAUGCUCAGGUGAAGUAUGCUAUAACAGAGAAGGAGUUAUUGGCAGUGGUCUUUGCAUUCAAAAAGUUUAGAAGCUACUUGGUUGGUUCUAAAGUUAUAGUCUACACGGAUCAUUCAACCUUGAGGCACAUCUAUGCCAAGAAAGACACCAAACCGAGGUUGCUGAGAUGGAUACUACUACUUCAAGAGUUUGAUAUGGAGAUAGUAGAUAAGAAGGGUAUUAAAAAUGGAGUAGCAGAUCAUUUGUCAAGGAUGAGGAUUGAUGAUAAAAUCCCCAUUGAUGAUUCAAUGCCUGAAGAACAGCUUAUGGCUGUCAAAUUUUUUGACAAGAUCUACAGAAGAUGCAUCUCAGAGGAAGAAGUAGAAGGCAUCUUACUUCAUUGCCAUGGUUCAGCCUAUGGUGGUCACUUUGCAACAUUCAAGACAGUGUCUAAAAUCCUGCAAGCAGGCUUCUGGUGGCCAACAAUGUUCAAAGACGCCCAAGAGUUCAUAUCAAGGUGUGACCCAUGCCAAAGAAAAGGUAACAUCAGCAGAAGAAAUGAGAUGCCACAGAAUCCGAUACUUGAAGUGGAGAUCUUUGACGUCUGGGAAUCGACUUUAUGGGACCAUUCCCUUCUUCUUAUGGGAACAAAUACAUACUGGUUUGGUGUAGCUAGGGUGGUCAUCAGUGAUGGAGGAACACACUUCAUCAACAAAGUUUUUGAGAACUUACUAAAGAAGCAUGGAGUGAAGCAUACGGUAGCCACUCCAUAUCAUCCACAGACAAGUGGGCAGGUUAAGAUCUCAAAUUGAGAGAUUAAAGCCAUUUUAGAGAA